AUCGUUAUUACCCCGAAAACAGUGUGUAGUGACGGUUAACAAAGCUUCAGUUUGGCGAGCAAACAGAAUAGCAGCUAAAGCUACCGCAAAAAAUAACUGGAAAAGAAGCAAAAACAGGUUCAGAGUUGGUGUAAUUUUCGAAAUUGAGAUGGCGGGUUCUUCCAGUGCAUCACCGGCUCCUAAAAUCCUAUUGGCAAAGCCGGGACUUGUGACCGCUGGACCAGGAGUAGGUAAAUUCGGGCGACCCGGUUCCGAAGAUGAAACGGUGACACAUCAUCGAUCUCGUUUACCUGCAAUUGGCUCUCUAAAUCUUCUAUCUGAUUCUUGGGAAUUUCACAUCGAUCGCUUUCUACCUUUCUUAACUGAGAAUACAGAUUUUACUGUGGUUGGGGUAAUUGGGCCACCAGGAGUUGGCAAAUCAACUAUUAUGAAUGAGCUUUAUGGUUUUGAUGCUACUUCACCUGGAAUGCUGCCGCCAUUUACUACACAAUCAGAAGAUAAUAGAGCAAUGGCAAGACAUUCUAGUGUUGGCAUUGAGCCAAGAGUAUCUGCUGACCGCCUUAUACUUCUUGACACUCAGCCUGUUUUUAGCUCUUCUAUCUUAGCUGAGAUGAUGAGGCCCGAUGGUUCUUCAACUAUUUCAGUGUUAAGUGGUGAAAAUCUAUCUGCUGAAUUGGCUCAUGAACUUAUGGGUAUUCAGCUCGGUGUUCUUCUAGCAUCCAUUUGUCACAUUGUGCUGGUGGUAUCAGACGGAGUUCAUGAUGACUGUAUGUGGCAAUUAAUGCUGACGGUCGAUCUGUUGAAACAUGGCAUACCUGAUCCAUCUUCACUAACAUCUUCACAUUUGCAUAGCUCUAAUGUGGGGCCUGAAAAAGAAAACAAAGAUAAAAGUUUUGAUAGUGAAGGGUAUAUGGCCACUCCAGUCUUUGUGCAUACGAAAUUUCAAGGUCAAAAUUUUACUCCACUUAACUUGAUGCAACUGAGAAAGGCACUUGCACAAUAUUUUAGCUCGUCUUCAUUUAUGAGAGAGAAAUGUGGAAACUUGGGAAAAGAGAAUCUCAUUUCUUCUACAGUUUCUACUACUAAGAGUAAUGAUCUUCAUUCUACACCACUGAGUUUAAUUUUAAUCCCAUCUAAAAACAAAGAUGACAUGCCAAGAGCUCAGCAUGAAAGUUACAUCUCUGCACUAUGGAAACUGAGAGACGAGGUUUUAUCCAUGAACUGCCCUUCUUUUGCAAGGACUGUCUCAGAACGUGACUGGCUGAAAAAUUCUGCCAAGAUAUGGGAACUAGUUAAAAAUUCUUCUAUUAUUGCCGAGUAUAGCCGGACACUUCAAAAUUCAGGUAUGUUUAGGAGGUAGUGACCCCAAUGUAAUCUUUAGUCAUGUAAGGAGGUCGUGAAAGAUUGUUAUCAGUGAUGUCAUAGUUUAGCCUGCCCUUAUGCUCUCUAACAAGACACUUGUCUAUGUAAUUCAUAUACACUGUAUUUUAUUAGCAUUGUCAAGGCCUUGGAAUGAACGGAAAAUUGACUC